UAAUAACGGCCGUUACCUAGCUGAGAAUAAUGAUAUCAGAAGUACUUGUUCAUCACUUAACUCGCCUCACCCGAAAAUCAAUCAAAUCAUUGAAAAAAAAAAAAAAAAAGCGCGCCUUCCGAGAAAGCUUGCCUGUUCUUUUUACUGUAGAGAGAGAGCCAAAACUCUCGGAUGGACUGAGUACCGAAUAACAGAGAAGAGAGAUUUCUGAUUUCUUCUCCUCCCUGGCCCAAAUCUUUCUCAGAGAUCUCUCUGCCCACCUCUCUUUCCUCGCAUUCUUUUCCUUUUUCUCUUCUUCUAUUGCUACUGGACUAUUAAUUGGGGUUGGGCGAGGCGGGUUGGUUGUGGUGCUCGGUGGUCCUGGAAUGGCGUCUCCGAAAGGGGGUGGAGGUUGGAUUCUGAGUCGGUGAGUUGGAUUUCUUCCCAAGCGGGAUCAUGAAGUUCGGGUCAAAGAAGGGGUGGAAAACACUCAUGCCUCUUCGCCUGCGUAGGAAAUCUGCCACCCGUUUCUGUAUGUUUCCCAAGGUCCGCUCUGCCAGCCAAACACCAGGAAAUGCACCGGUUUAUCUGAAUGUGUAUGAUUUGACACCCAUGAAUGGCUAUGUUUAUUGGGCAGGCCUUGGGAUUUAUCACACUGGUGUUGAAGUUCAUGGUGUGGAAUAUGCAUUUGGGGCACAUGACUAUCCAACAAGUGGGGUCUUCGAGGUUGAGCCUCGGCAAUGUCCAGGCUUCAGGUUUAGAAAAUCGAUAUUCAUGGGUACAACCUGCUUAGACCCAAUGCAGGUUAGAGAGUUUAUGGAGCUUCAUUCUGUAAACUACAAUGGAGAUACAUAUCAUUUGAUUGUUAAGAACUGCAACCAUUUUUGCAAGGAUAUUUGUUAUAAGCUGACCGGCAACAAAAUUCCAAAAUGGGUGAAUCGACUUGCCAGGAUAGGUGCCAUCUGCAACUGCAUCUUGCCUGAGGCCCUUAAGAUUUCUGCUGUUCGUCAUGAUCCAGAUUCCCAAGCUGAGGAUGGCGAGAAAAGGAGACUGACAAGUGCCUUCAGUUGCCUAUCUUCAAUCUCUAUGCGUCAGAGGCCGUUGUCAGCAUCAUCUCUUUUCUUGCCCUCCCCACUAAAAGGGUGCCUUCCACUGUGGGAGUUAAAAAGAUCCGGUGCCAUCCUGUUGAAGGAGAGGUAACAGAUGUUGUGUUGUUGAUCAUAUUCCAAAAGAAUCAAUUGAUUUAUCAGAGAUCUUUUUCCACGGGGAAAGCUUUUGAUCAGUUUUUGAACUGUAGUAUGAAAUGAUGGCAACAUGAAACAAGAUACAGGCUUUUCAGGAAAAAUUGCCACAGCGAGAAGCUGUCAAAAUGUUGUUUGAUGCAAAGUGAAGGGAAAGUGUGCAAGUCUUCAUAUGAUUUUGUUUUGGCUGGCAUACUGAGUGGUGACUGUCUUACGUAGUCUGAUGAUUUUUCAUUCUAGCAAUGCUGUCCUUCUGUCAUGGCAGGGUUAGUACCCCAUGUUGAAAUGACUGCCGUUCUUAUUUCCUUCAAAUACUAAUGCUUGAUGAGCUUCCU